CGUUUUAGUGUUGACAGUUGCUUAGACAUCAGGCUUCUGUUUUUUGGACUUAAUUGUAAAUAUUUAGCAUAAUGAACGAAAACGACGAGGAACUUACUACAUUUUGUGAUUCAGCAGCUGCUUUGGUAGAAGGCUGUAGAUUGCCAGUUCGCAUGCAGGGAGGCAAUGACUGGCCUCUAGCAGAAAUUAUUAGUAUUAAAGAGAUUCGUGGACAACGAGGCUACUACGUGCAUUAUGUUGACUUCAACAAGCGUCUUGAUGAAUGGGUGUCCGAGUCCUGGCUGGAUACUCGCAAGGUGCAGUUCCCCCGGAGAGAUGGAGCCCCUGCCCCAGCGGGGACCACCACUCCGAAGAAGACACACAUUGGUUCAGGAGGUGGCAUUAUGCCUCAUGUUAUUAAUGAUAGAGUCUGCAAUGACAUACCGAAAUCUAGUAGCGAUACCAAUAGAGAGCUACAAGCUAGUGUGACACCGUUACAGCACAAAGCCCCAGAAAGAACACAUUUUGGCGAAGCGCUCAAUGGUUCCGUACACAAAAAUGCACCCGUCCCCGGCACGCCGAUGGCGGAGCCCCGGGCGCUGGUGUCGCGGCCCGCGAGCCCCACGCUGCUGGCGGAGCCCCCUCUCGUCAACGGCCAGGCCGUGCUGGCCGCCGCGCUACACAAGAAGAUGAACAGGAAACGGAAAGCUAACUCUAUAGACAAUGAGUCAGAGGCUGGGGAAGAAGGCGAAGCUAGCGCAUCAGGCGCGGCCACACCGACCACGAGACCGCGACAAUCCGGCUCUCUCGUAGCACACGGUCACGAUGACUUGGUGACCCGCAUGAAAAACAUCGAGAUGAUAGAGCUCGGCAAGCAUCGGAUCAGACCCUGGUACUUCGCGCCCUACCCACAGGAAAUGGUGAAUCUCCCCUGCAUAUACAUAUGCGACUUCUGUUUAAAAUAUAGGAAAAGUAGAAAAUGCUUGGAAAGGCACUUGAUCAAAUGCAAGCUAAAACAUCCUCCCGGCAACGAGAUCUACCGCAAAGGCAGUAUCUCGUUUUUCGAGAUCGACGGACGGAAGAAUAAAUGCUACGCGCAGAAUCUCUGCCUGCUGGCCAAGUUGUUCCUCGACCACAAGACCUUGUACUACGACACUGAUCCCUUCCUGUUCUAUGUUAUGACUGAGUUUGACUCCAGAGGUUUUCACAUAGUAGGAUAUUUUUCAAAAGAGAAAGAAAGUACAGAAGACUACAAUGUAGCGUGUAUACUGACUCUACCUCCAUACCAAAGAAAAGGAUAUGGAAAACUUUUAAUAGAAUUUAGUUACGAACUGUCCAAGUUCGAAGGCAAAACGGGUUCACCUGAGAAACCGCUCUCAGACUUGGGUCUCCUCUCAUAUCGGAGCUACUGGGCACAGACCAUCUUGGACAUUCUGAUGCACAGCAAACCAGUUGGUGACAAUGAAAAACCCAUCAUUACUAUAAAUGAAAUCUGCGAGCUGACCAGUAUUAAGAAGGAGGACGUGAUAAGCACGCUCCAGAACCUUAACCUGAUCAACUACUACAAGGGCCAGUACAUCAUAUCGGUCAAUCAGGAACUAAUGCAGCAACACGAGAAGAGUAUGGAGAAACGAACGUUGAAGAUAGACCCGAAAUGCUUGCAUUGGACCCCUAAAGAUUGGUCGAAACGUGCCAAAUGUGUUUGAGGAGCUGCGAGAUAUUACUGUGGCUUCCGACACGUAGCCGAAUUUGGGGCAAAAGUCUUCAUAGAAGAAUGGGUAAAUAUGUAUCUAUGUCUUACAACUAAUAUCUAACUUCGCUACAAAUAAAUUGGACAGGUAGAAUACCACCCUAGAGACCUGUAAAUACAUUUUUGGAAAGUUGGCUCUGUAAGUUUGUGAACUCAACUGUACUUUAGUACUAGCUUAUGUACCUGUCUAAACAAGUUCUAGUAGGUACCUAUAUGUAUAUCCAGUGAAACCUGGAUAAGUGAGAUCUCAAGGGACGAGCAAAUUUGUCUCACUUAAAGAGGUUUUCCACUUACCCAGGCUCCCAGUUAGCCAGGUACAAAUAAAUUUCUGUCUCAUUUACAGAGGGUUCCAUUAAUAGAGGUGAGAAUAGAGUAUAUUUCAGUUAUAGAGGUGGUUAAUAAGGUAUUUAGUAAUUAUCUUUAAAAAAUAAAUAAGGUAAAAUAAUCCUUGUCCCUAAAUAUUUUUUAAGUCUGUUUAAAUAUUUCUUUGAAUUUAUUUUGAAUGAUUCUCCAAAGGAUAGUUAUUUCAAAAUUAAAUUAAUUUUGAUACUGACUUCAUUGCGUAUUAGAAAUUUAAUAAAUAAAAUUUAAUUAUUUUUUCGUGUUACUUAUCAAAAUUUCAGCUUUCGUUUCGAUAGUUUUAACUACUUACAUAAAUUAACUAAAUCAAACUUGAAGUUGUUUAGAUACAAUUAGGCAAAUGCGGAAUUUUGUGGAUAGACUAAGAGUUAGUGAGAAUACGGAAAUUGUUCAAUGAAGUCCAAGUUAGAGAGGUCAUAGAUUGACGUUAUCUCAGAUACAGAAGUCAAUUCCCCAUAAAAUUCUAAAAAACAAUUAGGUAAAUGUAAUCUUAUAAAUAUAGUCUCAGUAAAGGAGGUAAAAUACACUCUGUCUCAAUUAUAGAGGUAAAUGUGACUAUAUAAUCACAACAACGAUCCCAGUUAUAGAGGUUCGUUUUAUCUCAGUAACAGAGGUAAUUCAGUGCUAAAGUGUCGGGACCGCACCAUGAGUCCCAGCUAUAGAGGUUUCUCACUUAUCCAGGUCCCACUUAACCAGGUUUCACUGUAUAUAUUUCUGUAUAAAAAAAUUGUUACUGCUGGAUAGGGUUGCUAAUUGUAUAGAGUGAGUCGAAAUCCCCUCUAUCAUGUUGUAAAUCUUAAAUAAACUGACUUGAUUUCUUUUAGCUACUAUCAAUUGGUGUUAUUUCUUUUAAGAGACUAAAGUAACCAAUAAUGUUAGAAUAUGACUCUUAGGCCCUUGGCGUUACUGUUGUCAAGAAAUUAUUGACUGUAUAAGGAUGUGUAAAGUUUGAGACAAAUUCUUGCUUCGUAUUUUACAAUCUAUGUAGAUGGCGCGGUAAGGGUAUGUACAUUAUGCGGUAACUGUUUGUCGGAAUUUUGACUUUUCAAUUCGUUCGUCAAUUCAGUGACCACAAAACAUGACGCAGUACCUACAGCGCUAUUUCAGCUGUAAAACUAGGAACACGAUCUUCUUAAACUACAUAUUUUCUAUAACACUUUAAACUCUCGCGUUUUGUACACAUAUAGUCCGUUUUUUUUAGCAUUAGAAAGAACUUCGCAGAAGUUCGCUUGUGGUUCUAAAUCUGGCACUUUUAGCGGUAACAAUUUGAAGUAAAUUAUAUGUAUUGACCAUGCUACAUUAGAUAAUUCAAUAAUUAUUAACAAUUAACGAGCCUGAUUAAAACUGCACGCUUGCUUCUGCGGAGUUCUUUCUAAUGCCAAAAAAAAAACGAACUAUAGUUAAUUACACAAAUGGGUAUACCGCGAUAUAAUUUCAUUGUUUUUACCUUUAAUUCCCACUUUUUUGCUGAGUUACACCACAACCGUGGUGUGGUCUUUCCGUGACCACCGCUGGUGCAACUCUGCUGAAACGUCGGAAUUAAAGGUAAAAACAAUGAAAUUAUAUCGCGGUAGACCCAUUUGUGUAAUUAAAUAUACAUAUUUACUAUAUUCAGUAACUGUUUACUAUUGUUACGAUUAUGUAUUUACCGGUUUAUUAGCUAUUGAGCAUGUAGCUCAAACAAUAUUUCAUAAAUCCAUUGUAAGCAAUCUUGAUAAAUUGAAGUAAAAUUUGUCUGUCAUGUCAUGACUCAAGUAGCGUAUGAAUUGUUUAAUUUAUCGUAUGACAAGAUGACUGUAUUAGCGCUUGUACAUAUAGCAGUAAGACUAGAUAUUUGUUCUAAGCCUUAAUUGUGAUAUUAAAAUAUAUCAGUCUAGUAAAA